AUGCCUCCCCACAGAAACAAUACACGCUUUCGUGUGUCCGAUACUAAUACCAGUGAUAUCUCGCAGACGACCCAACACGUCGAUGACUCCAGCGAAACAACUCAAAUUAGAGCUCAUAACGUAACACGUGAGCGCAUACAACAGUGUAUUGAUAUUCUACGGUCCCGAGCGGCUGGUAAUAGCAGUGUGGUUAAUGGUGAUGUAGAAGACAACAGCGAGAAAGAUGAUAGACAGGAACAAGAGACGGUAUCUAGGCAGGUGCGAAAAGAAGAGGCUUCGCGUGUACAGACGGGAGACAAAAGUCCUCAUAAGGCAGUGGAAAACAGAAGUCAGGAUGAAGAAUCUGAAGACGAUUAUACUUCUGAUGGUAGCGCUGGAUCGGAUAUUCCAGCUAGAUUUACGCGAACGGAGGACCUCUCUAGCCGACCUUUGACAACUGCCGAGCUGGAUUCAUCUCCAGCUACUUCCGCUUCUGUUACAACUGGUGAUCCUUUGACUGCAGAUCGACUCCAUAUGCAGCAAUCUACGUUUGAUGCACACAACAUGCAACAGGGUCGUCGGGUUUCUCAGCCACCUACCAGCCCUGAUAUGGCUUCCGCAGCUUCUGCUGCCCCGCAGAAUUCUCCUGCAUUGUCUUGCCGGUCAUCAUUGGCUUCAGAUAAAACAGGUGAUUUCAUCGUGGUGGACCAUUCACUUGACCAUGUUCAAAGUGAAAUUCCUGACUUGAACCUUGACGAUGAUACACCGGCCCCACCAAGCGCUGAUAAAGCUUCGGACAAGCCUCCAACCCGCCGACCUAAGGGUCGAAAGGGUCGAAAAAAACAGAGCAAGCGCCAACGGUUUCGUUGA